AUGGACCUCACACAUGAGUCACCCGUGAAUCCACUGGAUGCUUUGCGCUCACCAGAGUCCAGCCACUUCGACCAAAGACUUUUGGAACGUGAUUCAGUUGUUGGAUCUGAUUUCAACGAGAUUGCUCUGGAUGACGACGGCUCCUUUUCUCCAGUCGCCCUCACUGCUCGACCUUUUGACCUCUCGACGGAACCUCCAGCCCUCUCGAUUCGCGAAGACGCAGAUGGGAGGCCCAGGAGUUCUUCUUUUUCCCUACCAGCUAACUCUUUGAUGAGCCGAUCUCACAAGAAAUCCGCCUCCACCACUACCAUUCGCUCGUCUAAAGAUCUACCGUUCCUUUUCUCAAGUCCCGAAAUGCAGGAACAAGAGGAGACAAGGAAAGCUGCUCGGGGAAGUAUAGAUGGACAGCAAAAAAUUCAAGAGGAGUUCGCACGGUUACAAAAAGAAAAAGCGGAUAAAAGCCACAAGUCGGAGGAGGGUACAAUCGACUGGGACUUCUGGGGGGCAGUCAUUUCCGAUUACCAGGGUUUUGCUUCUCAAAGACCUAAAGAAUUGGCACAAGCUAUCGCUCGAGGAAUACCAGGGACUCUUCGUGGGAUGAUGUGGCAACAUAUGGCGGCCUCAAAAGACCCCGAAUUGGAAAGUGCAUACCUUAAGCUUCUCAAAGACAGAAGUACACAUGAAAAGGCCAUAACUCGCGAUCUAGGAAGAACCUUUCCACACCACGACUUCUUUACCGAUGGUCAGGGUAUUGGACAAGAGAACCUCUUCAACGUCUUGAAAGCAUAUUCAUUAUAUGAUCCUCAAGUUGGCUACUGUCAAGGUCUUCCUUUUAUUGUUGCAAUCCUCUUACUCAAUAUGCCGGACGAAGAAGCUUUCUCGCUGCUUGUUCGAUUGAUGCACGUGUAUGACUUGCGUGGUCAUUUCCUUCCUGAAAUGCCAAAGCUGCAGAUGCGCCUCUUCCAGUUUGACCGAUUGAUUGAAGAGCUAUUGCCAGUUCUUCACAUUCAUUUUCUUCGUCAAGGAAUCAAGUCGAGUAUGUUCUGCUCACAGUGGUUCCUGACAAUGUUCAGUUAUCGAUUCCCAUUGGAGAUCGUCUUCCGCAUCUAUGACAACUGUCUUGCCAAUGGAAUUGAAGCUAUCUUUGGUUUCAGCAUUACGUUGCUCAAGAAGAACGAGGAAAUCCUUCUCUCUCUCAAGUUUGACGAAAUAUUGAACUUUCUAAAUACGCGGCUGCUUGAUAGAUACAAGGGAAUUAUCUCCGUAUCCUCCCAAAUUCUAAAUCUUAUCCUCCUCCAGGUGGAACAUUUAGACUCAGCCAACCCAGAAGACGGUGGAGGAAGACAUAAUGUGGACGAAUUCGUCAAUGACGCUGUGUCAUUGCGCAUUACGCCCUUCAUGCUCGACUGCUAUCGACACGAGUAUGAAGACCUUGUCCGGGAGACAAAUAAGCAUGCCUUGGAGAUCGACGAACUUCGAAGGAGCAAUCGCUCGCUAUCGACCCAAGUAAAAAAUCUGGAAGCCAGCCUAGCUCAACUGAACAUUGAACAUGUAGAUCUUUUAAACGAUCUUGUCAAGCAACGCUUGCACAACGAAGAAAUGGAGGAGGAGCUCGUUCGCUACAAACUAUUGUAUGCCGAAGCUAUGCACGAGAACCAAGAUGCACAAUCAUCACAUCGUAUCUCCCUUGCUCAGAUGUUUAACCUGAAGAAGGGGAGUUCGUAG